AUGCAAACAUACUAUCCUGAAGAAGACCCGUACUUAAGCCGGUCAUAUGGUCUAAAUGGCAAACACGUCGGCAAGGAGACCUUCUACAAUGCCGAGGACGCAGGCUGGGAGAGAUGUGGGCCAGAAGACGCAGAGCCUGCUCAAGCCAGCUAUGACGCCUUUGACGCCAAAGCCGAUGGAUGGGAAAUGCUCGGACAAAAUGCCCAGAAGAGUGUUCAUCUCGGUGGGCUGGGCAUUUACGACAAUAUUGACGCUCAUGCCAAGGUUGCUAGCCGUGACCCGAAGUCCAAGCAAAACGACGUGGUGAAGGGUCAGACCCUUUCUGCCACGAGGCGCGCCGACCUUAACAAGGCUUGGGAAGUCGUCCCACAUGAACCGGACUGGGAUAUGGUCAACCGGAAGGAAACUCGCGAGGCGCGCCGAGCAACCAAGACGGAUGCUCCAGCGGCUGAAGACUGGGUCAUGUACAACAAGAUACCUGGUGCAGAGGAGGACACGUUCGAAGGCCGGCAUUGCUGGGCGGGCGAACCAGUGCCGCCUACUUCUCAAAGCCAAACCGGCAUGCACGAGCAAACGGCAAUCCAGACGGAGCAGGACGUGGAACCGCUUCCCCCACUGGAGACAACGGAAUCACUUUCUCAAUGCUCGCGCGAGCGACUCCUUCGCUCUCAGAAGGACGGAUCUCAACCUCAAGCUCAAGCUAGUCAGACCACGCCCGCAAAGCCGCAACAUAGCUCGCACAAGGAGCACCAGUCCUGCUUUCCGUCUUGUCAUCCAACCGGUCAUGCCUUGAAGCAUAACCCACUCAAGCAGCGCCCGUUCUCAGCCGAGGAGAAGGAUCUGCCCUUCCUCGCUCCUCCUACGCCCUCGCAAGCAAGCACCAUGCAAACUUCGGCGAGGCCGGAAUAUCCUCAUAUUAUCCAAAACUUGCGCGCCGCGUCCGUGAUGGAGCGAGAGUCUCCGCAACAGAAUACAGCGGCCGCGGCCAGCGAGGCUGCUGCUCGACGCACGGAUGAGCGGUUCGCCCGGACAGAGCGCGUGCCUUUCGACUGGUAUGGAAUUACCUACCGCGCGAAUCCUCGUCGAUACCGGUAG